AUGGCAACGACAUAUCGGUUGGUCUCUCUUUCGUGCCCAUACGGAGUUUCCGAUGAAAAAUGGCAGGAGUUCUACCAGAGUCAUCACCUUGCAGACGUCGCCACUGGAAUCGGUCAUAAUGGCACCGGCUACCUAUACCGCUUGAUCUCGGUGCCUAAUGGCCUCCCGCCAUCAGAUGAAAAAACGUUUCUCGCCAUGUACGAUACUAUGGAAAGCCAUCCCUUGAAGAGCGAGAGGUACAAGGGUGUGCGGAAGACAAGUCAUAUUCUCGGAGAACAAUUUUUACCCAAGGAUCUGGCCCAUCUGUCCGUUCGAAACUAUGAAUUAGUUGAGACCUUUGACCCGAAAUCCCUCGGGCAGCAGGUUGAGCCGGCGGCCUUCCUCUUCUUACAAGAAUUAGACCCAAUUAAUAUGACAGAACUCCGCAGGUACUAUCGCGAAGAGCUCGUGCCGCGUGUGGCUUCAGAUUCUGGAUUCAGAAGGACCCUACUCCAUCGCUUCUUGUCCCUGGACAAAGGCAAUGACUCGCCCGCUUCGGCGCUGAGUACAUACGAGUUCGAUACCAUAGAAGGCCCCGGAUUUGCCGCUGUACAAGACUACAUUCGACAUGGAUCCCAAGGAUCCCAAAAUCCUCAGCCGGCAACCAAGACGUGGACAUUCCAACUAGUUCACCAUGUAUGA